UAUCUCUAUAUGUAAAAAAGGGAUCUGAAAUCUUUUUAAAAAAGGCAUUCUCACAUUUCAGCAGGGUGCAAGCUGUAGCACGGUCAGGAUUCGGCUCACCCUCUGCUUUCGGGGAGGAGCUGCUCUGAGGCGCUGUGUUUGCAGAACUCUGGUGAGGGGUUAAGAGGGGAGAUACAGCAUCAGAGUCACCCAAACCUGGUCUGGAACUAGACGGAACUUCGACCUCCAUGCAGUGCCAGGAGCUUCUCGUGAGGGGCCUGAGCUUGGCCAUGAUCUUGGGUGGGGUAAUGCAUUUUAUAUGUCUCAUGAAAUCUCACGCUGCCUAUGGCCGCUACGUGGACACCUCGGGCAGCUCCAUGAUGGUGCCUGCAAGGCUCGCCUGGUUCCUUCAGGAGCUUCCCGCUCUGCUGGUGCCCCUUAUUUUGAUGCUGACCACCGAUGGAAACAACGGCACUGGGAGACACCUGAUGCUCGGGACCUUCUGCCUGCACUACUUCCAGAGGAGCUGCAUCUACUCCCUGCUGACCAAAGGGCGGCCGUAUCCGCUUAACAUCAUGCUGUUAGGGAUGGUGUUUUGCUCUGUUAAUGGCUUCCUGCAAGCACACUAUCUGCUGCACUGUGCUACAUAUCACAAUACAUGGUUUUCUGAGGCCUGUUUACUAACCGGUCUGAUUAUAUUUUUUAUGGGAAUGGGAAUCAAUAUUCACAGCGACCACAUUCUUCGCAGCCUGAGAAAACCUGGAGAAAUUUCCUAUAAAAUCCCGAGAGGAGGUUUGUUUGAGUAUGUGUCUGGAGCAAAUUUCUUCGGGGAGAUUGUGGAGUGGCUGGGCUACGCUGUUGCAACCUGGUCUUUACCCACAUUUGCCUUUGCUUUUUUCACGAUUUGCUUCAUAGGCCCGAGAGCCUAUCACCAUCACAGGUUCUAUAAUGAAAAAUUCAAAGAUUUCCCCAGAUCAAGAAGAUCUCUCAUACCCUUCAUCUUCUAAGAGCCACGGCAGAUUAAUGGAGUUUUUGUUCUGACAGAAGGAAAGAAUUCAUCUUCUCAAAUGCUAUGAUGCACACCUGUACUUUUGUACGUUUAUUUUCAUAAUCUGAUUUAGCAUGUAGCAAAAAAGUCUAAAAUGUAUGACUUGAACAUGUUACUAGAUUGUUUGUAAUGGUUUUGACAUCCUGUGAGAUACUGGUUUAAUCACAACA